CGGGGAUCACUUGCUGGCUCUGCAAGUUUCCUCCUGCCAUUGGGCCUGCUGAGUUCAAACUAAGAGCCCUUAGUGUGCUAGGCCAGCCCUGGAAGAUGUUCCAACCGGCUUGGCCUGAAGCCUGUCGGCCUGGCCUACGUUACUGCGGAUUCAACCCUCGUUCAAAGGCUCCACUUCUCUAAACCUGGAGAAGCAACCCUUCGCUACCCCAUGGGACGACGCUCUGGGGUAGAAAUAGGGCUCCACGGCCACUGUGUCCCGGAUUGCUCGUGCUGCAUCAAGAUUGUCACUACAAAGAAACUUUUUUUUCCUGAUUGAUAGUGCUCAUCUGAGGCACUGUGGGAUAAUGUCGGUGAAAGAAGCCAUUGCAGCAACCGACAAGGCUGCCCUAACCCGCACCGCGCAGGCGGUGGCUGCUCGCGAACAUGAACAACAAGGCUGGCUAGAGAGAAAGCUGAAGCCCAAGACCAUCACCGCCCGAUAUCCUUUCAAGGGCGCUCCCUUGCUUUAUGCGACAUGUGCUUUCGGUAGUUUGGGCGAUGCCCUGUUCGGGUACAACUCUGGGAUCAUGUCGGGUCUCCUGGUGAACCCUGUGUUUGUUGCCCGUUUCUUCAAGGAUUACGGUGGCGCGGAUGGUUCAACAUCCGGGGUGGAUCCGUCAAUCACCGGCAUAGCGGUGGCUUGUUUACAGGCCUCUGCAGCGGUAGGCGCCCUCAUCGCGGGACGUCUCGGCGAUAUUAUCGGGCGCAAGAAAUGCGUCCGGAUUGGCGGGUUCAUAUACUUCUUCAGCGCGUUCAUCCAGAUGUUCGCCCCCGGGUUUGGCACCUUUAUCGCGGGUCGCACCAUCCAAGGCUUGGGUGUCGGGUUUCUGUCCAUGACGGUGCCCAUCAUUCAGACCGAGAUCGCUGCCCCGCAUCGGCGUGGUAUGAUGGUGGGGAUUGAGUAUACCUUCCUCAUUGCCGGAUACAUGCUUUCAUGUUGGGUAGAUUAUGGGUUCAAUUUCCUUCUGCCCGGGGAGAUGUCCUGGCAGGGGCCGUUCAUCAUUCAGAUCGCCCUUUCGUUCAUCUUGUUGAUCAUGUCAUUCUUCCUCCCUGAGACCCCGCGUUGGCUGGCCAAGAACGGAUUUAUGCAGGAGAGUCUGCAGACUGUCGCCGACCUGCAUGCGAACGGGGAUACCGACGCAGAGCAUGUGCAGAAGGUGUUCGUUGAGAUCGAAGAAGCUGUCAUUUUUGAGAGCAACCUCGGAAAGUCCACGUGGAUGGAGAUGUUUACUCGUUACCGCAAACGGACCAUUGUCGGAAUUACAGUGCAGAUGUUCGCCCAGCUCAACGGCAUCAAUAUCAUCUCCUUCUAUCUCCCCAGCACCCUCGCCACCGCCGGCUUUGAUGAACGAAAAUCUUUGCUCUACACCGCAGCUAAUGCACUUCCGUAUACUGCUGCCACGGUCGUAACAUGGUGGUUGGCAGACAAGUGGGGUCGGAAGCCGUUACUCAUCCUCGGAGGCAUCGGCAUGGCAAUCCUGCUCAGCAUCGUCUGUGCUUUCACGGAAGCGGACCUGGACAUCCACACCCGCGCGAACGGACAGUACGCCUUCGUCAUGCUCUACAACAUCGUGUACGGGUUCACCUGGGGCCCGAUGCCGUGGCUCCUCCCCGCUGAGAUCUUCCCCCUGCGCGGCCGCAGCAAGGGCAUGGCGCUGGCCACCACCAGCAACUGGAUCUUUAACUUCAUCAUCGGCAUGGUCUCUCCGGACGCCUUCGCCGGGAUCCACGGGUAUUUCUACCUGGUGAUCGCCGGGUUCUGUCUGUUUUCGGCUGGGCUGGUGUACUUCUACUACGUGGAGACGGCGAACAGUACACUGGAGGAGAUUGCAGAGCUGUUUGGCGAUACGGCGUUUGCGGGGGCGGAUGGGGAAGUGAUUCGCGGGGUGUCGGAGGUGAGAACUGAUCAUGGCAAGGAUAUUGCAUAGGGUAACAUCCCUGGUCAGAGAGUGGAAUCCUCUGUCGGGGUAAGUCUUCCAGGCAGACGCUGCAGACCCUGGUGUGACAUUUUCUUGUAUCAAUGAACCAUCUAUGAUUGUACGCAGUCGAGAUGACAUAGUGCUUAGAUAUAUGUAUGCUUUGGAGUGCUUUGAGAAUUCAUCUUAUUCCUUCUUCC